AUGAAGUCCAGAAGUAUUUUACUUACAACCUUCCUAGUUCUCUUCGGUAUGAUAGCUCUGUUUUCCCAUGGCAGUAAGGCAAAGCAAUUCGAGUAUUGGUAUCCGUUCUACCGAUACGCCCUAACUCAAGAGGGAGAUGCUCCCACCUGCCUUCAAAAUUACACGGACGCUGUCAAGGAACUGGGCUCAAAACACUCGAUGACAUGCAAAAACUUGGUCAGCUGCAUUUAUAGCAACACCAAGGAAAUCGACAAGGCGGAUAUGUCAUCUGCCCUGGUGUUGCUCGGCUUAACGCCAACAGUCCUAGGGCAGAUAGGCCCAACCAUCAACAACAAGGCGCAACUGUGGUUUCAGAACCCGAUUCUAGGGAGCACCCUCGAUGGCUUUUGGGAUGCCGUGGGCAAAGAUCGAACCUCGGAAGCCUACUCAGCGGAGCGCCUUCGCCUCUGGGGAGAAGUGGCUUUCUAA